AUGUCCAUGUCAGAAGGUACAGAACAGCCGCAAUUAGUUCCGGAGACUAACACACCGGUUCAGACACCUUCAUCGGACAAUUUCUUCCAAGGAGAUAAAGGAGCGAGCCAGCUCGAGCAGCAGAAGAAGAAUGUGGAACCGGAGAAGCCAUUAUCGCCACCCAAUCCGUCGCCUAGUCCGGAAAAACACAGAAUGGACGAGGAGCCAGAACAGGAGCCGGCUGAGAAGAGGCCAAAGUUGGACGAGAAGAGACACCAAGAUGAACAGGAUGAUCAAAGUGAGAAAUUUGACCAGGGCGAGCAAGCUGAGCAUGGUGAGCAGUCCGAACAGCCUGAACAACAGCAACAGCAACAGAAGGGACUUCCUGUGUUUACGGAUCCUGCUCCUAAACCAGCGCCAGAGCCUGAUAUGAAUAAUUUGCCGGCAAAUCCCAUGCCUAAGCAUCAGGCGAAGUUUGCUAUCAACGUUAUCAAAGCGGUCAAGCGUUUGAGAGACGCUGGCCCGUUUGUGCAUCCAGUGGACAUAGUCAAAUUAAACAUUCCUUUCUACUAUAAUUACAUUCCAAGGCCUAUGGACUUGUCCACCAUCGAAAGAAAGAUUAAUGCUAAUGCGUACGAAGAACCAAGUCGCAUUGUUGAAGAUUUUAAUUUAAUGGUGGCUAACUGUUGCAAGUUCAACGGUGAGCAAAGUGGUAUUUCCAAGAUGGCGAAAAACGUCCAGGCACAUUUCGAAAAGCAUAUGUUGAACAUGCCUCCUAAGGUGUUACCAAACAAUGGCGCUACUGUUCCAGCAAACUCUAGAAGGAGAGCAGUAGUCGCUGAUUCGGGCGAUAAGAAGAAUUCUGUUGCAGCACACAGACCAAAAAGAACCAUUCAUCCACCGAAAUCUAAGGAAUUGCCGUACGAUGUCAGACCAAGAAAGAAGAAAUACGCUGCUGAAUUAAGAUUCUGCAAUCAAACCGUCAAAGAAUUGAUAUCUAAGAAACAUUAUAAUUACAACUUCCCAUUUUUAGCCCCUGUUGAUACAGUAGCAUUAAAUAUCCCAAAUUACGCGGAAGUUGUCAAAGAACCAAUGGACUUAGGUACAAUUCAAACUAAAUUGGCAAAUAAUCAGUACGAAAAUGGUGACGAAUUCGAAAGAGAUGUUCGUCUAGUCUUCAAGAAUUGUUACGCUUUCAAUCCUGAAGGUACUGAUGUCAAUAUGAUGGGGCACAGAUUGGAAUCCAUUUUUGAUAAAAAAUGGGUUAACCGUCCUGUCCCUCAACCAACCCCUGCUAACUCUGAUUUAGAUGAUUCUUCUGAUGAAGACGAUGAUGAACCUGAAAUUAAUGAAUCUAUGCUUUCAAGCGUUCCCGCCAUUCAGUUUUUGGAGAAUCAAUUAAUCAGAAUGAAGCAAGAAUUGGAUGAAUUGAAAAAACAACAUCUCGACAAGUUAAGAGAACAAAGAGACGCCAAGAGGAAGCGUAAGAGAUCAAAGAAGUCGAAGUCUCGUAAGAAUUCAUCGGUCGAGCAUCCAAACCAACCUACUGUUACUUACGAAAUGAAGAAGCAAGUUAGUGAAAUGGUUCCAAACUUAACUGAUAAGAAAUUGCAAUCGCUAGUUAAAAUCAUUAAGGAUGAUGUCGACUUGAGUAAUGAAGAAGAAGUUGAAUUAGAUAUGGAUCAAUUAGAAGAUAGAACCGUAUUGAAAUUGUACAACUUUUUGUUCGGUAAGAAGGCUUCAUCGUCCUUGUUGAAUAAGAAAAAGAAGAAGUUAUCGGCUGGUGCUGGUUUGGAUCAGUUAGAACAAUUGAGAAGUCAAUUACAAUUGUUUGAAGAUGCUGACAGACCUUCUUCUAAUAAUGGAAUGAUGAACAUAGGUAAUGAUCAAGAAUCAUCAGAUGACGAUGAUGUAAGUUCUGAAAGUUCUGAAGAAGAAUAA